AUGGCGCCGUCGACAGGCAGCGAAAGCGAGGUCCAGGUUCAAAAUCAAUAUUCUCAGGGGACUCCCCAAACAUCGAGACAUCUUUCCACUGUUAAUGACUUGGCCGAUGGCGCCUCGAUUCAGCCCGGAACUCCCUUACCUGGUAUAGAGCUGACAUCCCCGCCUGCCGACGAUGGGUCAUCGCUUCUCCCAUCACUUCGCACAUCCUUUCCUGCAGAGGCGGACACCUCGACAACCCAUGUCUGUCACCAGCAAUCAGACGAUGCAAUUACGAGGGACCAUGGCCUAGGGCCUGGCGAGUCACAGAUCACGGCCAUGGGCACUGUUGCGUCCGAGGACGACCUGGACAGCGACAGCACCCCCAGAGACGAAUUUUAUGGCAACUCCUCCGCAGCCUCCUUCAUCAAGGAGACCUGUAAUGGUGUCAUGAGCCUCCAAGAAGUCUUUAAACUUCCGAUAUAUGCAGCUGGUCGCAGCGUCAUGCGUGCUCCAGCUCCUCCGGCGUGGCGUACCUCGGCUUCCUACGUCCUUCCGCCACGGCCUCUUGCCGACCACCUUGUAGAACGCUACUUCGACAGGGUCUUCCACUUAUAUCCCUUCAUUCACCGACCCAGCUUCGAGAGGGCAUACAAGUCUUUGUGGGAGCCCCUUGGCCCUAGCCAGUCUACAGAUUCCACCGACCCGACCGCACCCCUUGUAGGAUUGGGAGGCUCUCCCAACGCCGGCGCCGACACCAUAGUAUUUCACUGCGCUCUCAAUUCCAUCUUCGCCUUGGCUUGCCACUUUUCGGACUGGAUCGGUGACGAUCGGGAUACCACUGCGCUAGGCUUCCUGGAUCGCAGCAAGUCGCUGUUGACACUCGACUUUCUCGAGUCAGAAACCUUGGGUGUGGUGCAGGCACUGCUCAUCAUGACCUUGUUUCUCCAGAGCACCCCCUUCGCGGGCCGGUGCUGGAACAGCAUCGGUGUUGCAUGUAGACUCGCCCAAGGCGCUGGGUUUCACAUCGAGUGCAGUGGUGCCAGAGGGUCGCCGAUUGAGACGGAGAUAAGGAGGCGAGUCUGGCAUGGCUGCGUUGUUCUUGAUAUGCUUGUCAGCAUGACUUUCGGCCGCCCGACCAUGGUUACACAUUCUUCCAAUGUCCCGCUCCCUUCCCUCACCGAAGAUGUCGAUAAUGCAGACGCGGUCACUUCCCUCGGAGACCCAUCGCGAAUGGAAUACUUUCUGCAGAGCAUUCGUCUCUCAACGAUACUGGAAAAGAUACUGGUCCAGGUCUACCAACCCUGGAGAAGCAAGUCCAGAGGGGAUGAGACAAACGUGGAGAAUCACCAUUGCAGCAACUUUGACACCAUAAUUGACCUGGACUCAGAGCUGACAUGCUUUGAAUCUUCGGUGCCCAAUUUUCUUAGCUGGACAACUGAGGGGGAAGUACCGGCUUCUUCCUUUGAGCCCCUCCUCAUGCAACGCAAUGUUAUUCAAGGCCGCAGUUCUUGUGUCCGAUGUGCGAUGCAUCUGCUGGACCUCACAUACAGCACGUUCAGGACGCAACACGGCGCGGCGUGGUGGUGGAACGCGCUUUACAUUACUUCCCUCAACAAGUCUUGGGGUGUCUGCCGAGCAAUUCUGUCCGAGAUUGCGAAGCUUAAUACGAGUGUACGGAAGUCUCUUGAGCUAUUGGACAAGUUCUACAGUCUGACUUGUGCCGGGCCCAGCAUGGACGAGCAUUCUGCCACGUUCCAUAACAUAGCCGAAAAUGAAGCUACUUUGCCCGAUUUGAUGGCGCACUUUUAUCCCCAGGACCUGAUUGGUGAUCUGGGCGUCCUUGAAUCGGACCCAACUUUGGCAGGCAGCACAUGGUGA